AUGAUGCCACCUACAACAUCCCCUGUUCCUCACAUCCACCUUCUCUGCAUGGACGAACAGUUCAUCCAUGCCUUCCAAUCCGUCAUGUCGACGGCCACCACAUCUCCCCAAUUUCCCAAAAUCACUUUUCACAACUGUUCCCUCUCCUACCUUCCCCCAAGCAUUCAAUUCGACGCCAUCAUCUCCCCCGCCAACUCCUACGGCCGGCUAGACGGUGGCUUCGACGACGCCAUCUCACGUGCCUUUUCCCCAACGACAGACUACCUCGCGUUGACCCGGCACACGCAGGGGAUUCUCUACCGCGACUAUCGGGGCUAUUUACCUCCGGGAUCAUGUACCCUCAUCCCCAUCCCGGAGGAGUUUGGCCCUCGUUCGAAGAAUGUCUGGGGAACAAGGUAUUUGGCGCUAUGUCCGACCAUGAGAGUGCCGCAAAAUGUGCGCUGGGAUCGGGAGAUUGUGUAUGAGUGUAUCUGGAGCUUGUUGUGCGCUGUCGACAGACAUAACUGGGACGUCGAGAGGAGAACAGAUGGAGCAACGAGGAUUGAUAGCCUCUUGAUGACCCCGUUUGCGACGGGGUGUGGGCUUGUCUCGCCUGAGAAGUGGGCCAGGCAGAUGGUUCUGGCUCUGAAUCAUUAUAUCGAUGCGGUGCAGAACCCAGAGAAGUGGUCUAAUUUGGAUCUGGGUCAGGCCAUGGAGUAUUCGAAUGAGGUGGCGAGGACUUGGGAGUUAUAG